UCGCCCCUCGACGUCGGACGCGAUGUUGCGUCAAAGUUUGCCAGGAAAUCGUUCGCUCGAGCCGGCGUGCGCGCGGAGGAGCCGCCACUGGGCCGAAGACAGGGGGAAGCGAUCAACGGAGGCGGCAGCGUCAACGCGAAGAGGUGACGGGAGUUUGUCGCUCGUUUCUCCCAUUGUCGAUCGUGGGUCGGCGUCUGCGCUCGUUGCCACGCUGUGCACGCUUGACCACGUUGACGACCCCGCUGCUUCGUUUGCUUGCAAAGUUAAAGAAGGCGGUGAACGUGGCAGCGUUUCGUCAUCGUUUGAAGCAGACGCGCUCCCUCCAUCAAACUGCUCUCAAGGACGCAGGCUUGUUCACAACGGCUCGAUCUGUCAGGGGGACACCUCACUGUGCUUCAGAAUGCAUGUGGGCAUCUGCUUGGCCGCGCUUUGCCUCUAUUAUUUCCUCUCGUUUCUUGGACUAUGAGUCAUGAUGUUGCAAUCAAGGGGCCUGGUCACAUAUCUGGCUGAAAUUAAACCUCGGGGCAACGCGGCCCGGCCCGUGAGCAGGCGCGCGCGGGUGGAGGAGGUCAUGCACUUGGCCGUGGUGGCCUGUGGGAAUCGCCUGGAUGAGACGCUCACCAUGCUCAAAUCCGCCCUGCUGUUCAGCGUCAAGAAGAUCAAGUUUCACAUUUUUACGGAGGAGCCGUUGGCCCCGCAGUUUGCAGAAAGGCUCAGCCGGUGGCCUCCCUCUGUCCUGGCCAGGUUCCAGCACAGCACCUACCCCAUCACGUUCUCCGCGGGGAACGCCGACGAGUGGAAGAAGCUCUUCAAGCCGUGCGCUGCUCAGAGGCUCUUUCUCCCUGUCAUCCUGAAGGACGUGGACUCGUUGCUCUAUGUGGACACCGAUGUCCUGUUCCUGCGGCCCAUAGAUGACAUCUGGAGCCUCCUGAAGUCCUUUAACAGCAGCCAGCUUGCAGCCAUGGCCCCGGAGCACGAGGUGCCCAAGAUCGGCUGGUACAGCCGCUUCGCGCGUCACCCUUUUUACGGGGUCACAGGCGUCAACUCUGGUGUCAUGCUGAUGAAUCUCACCAGGAUCCGCAGCACGCGGUUCAAGAACAGUAUGAUCCCCAGUGGCCUUUUGUGGGAGGACCUCCUACACCCACUCUAUCAGAAGUACAAGAACCACAUCACAUGGGGAGACCAGGACCUCCUGAACAUCAUCUUCCAUGACAACCCAGAGUGUCUUUUCAUCUUUCCUUGUCAGUGGAACUACAGGCCAGAUCACUGCAUGUACGGCAGUAAUUGCAAAGAGGCCGAAGAGGAGGGCGUGUCCAUCCUCCAUGGCAACCGCGGGGUGUAUCACGACGAAAAGCAGCCGGCGUUUAAAGUAGUUUAUGAUGCGAUACGUGAUUUUCCUUUUGAGGACAACAUGUUCCAGGCACUUUUCUACCCCAUCCAGACCAAGUUCCUGGACACAGUCAACACGUUGUGUGGCCGAGUUCCUCAAGUCUUCCUCAAGCAGAUAGAAAAGACCAUGAGGAAAGGGUUUGAGCAAAAGGUGGUUCGACAUGUCAGACCACACAAGUAGAUGGUGGAGAAACGGACCCGGUUUUCACCUGGCAACGCCAAGGACCAUCAUUCUGAGGAUUAUGUCAUCGCAGCGUCCCCCAGAUUGAUCUGGCAGCUCUGCGUUUGCAGCGUAUUCAACACGUGGUACAUCCUGAAAUGGUCUCGUGAACAUGAUGAUCCUCUAGAGAUCGAAUGGAUACAGAGAAGCAUACAGUGCUGGUCAGUGAUGCUGUAGAUAACUGGUCAUGUCUGAUCCCAGUUAUGUACAGUAAUGAAUUAUAUGAGAAUGUCGGUAACCAAGAGUGAACAAAAGACUGCAUCAAUUUACGAGCUAAUAAUUGGAGCCCGGCUCCUUAUCUUAAGUGUGAAAGCCAAAUUGAAGGCUUCAUCGUGACCAUCCACUUCCUAAUUUUUCUUCAUGAACACAGUGUACUCUAGACAAAGUCAACUUUGGACUUUGGAAAGCUUUACUAUGUGAAGUAGUAAAUUAAACCACUCCUUUUUUAAAACCAUGUGAAUGUUGUAGCAACAGAUAACUUAAACUGUGAACCUGUGUGAGUGGGAAAUGUUGUUAGUUCUCGGUCUGUUCUGCUGCAGUUGCCAAAAGCCACUGACAGUAUUAAAUACAGCACAACCGAGAGGGAAAAAAAAGGAUUUAUCUGUUACAUAUUGAAUGUUGAAAUGCACUUUGAGAAUGAUUUUAGGUUGUUUGUACUCAAUAUGUUGACAUUAUAUGCUAUGCUGUCUGAGUGAAUCAAAACCAAAAGUGCUAGGAUUUUAAAAAGUGACAUACUCCACCUGAUCAUGUGCCAUAUGAAAAUCGUCUGCCGUGUUUACUACACAAUGUUGGACGUGAGUGUCUGUGAAUGUGUGUGUCACAGGGGGCGACUCUGCUUCUAAUACGACGACAUGUUGUAAACACAUCACCUGUGUUUUAGCAACAUCCCCUUUUUUUAAACACAGUGAUAUGAUCCAAAUGUAUCUGAACUGGAAAUUGAAAAAUAGCUGCACAGUGAAGUUGACUUUCUAAAUAAAACAAUGCAACACACGG